CAAUUUCUCAAAACCCACCCCGCCAAGCUCAUUCAAUCUCUGCACCAAGCUUACAAAUACCUCUCACAUUUGACACCCAUUUUCAUUCCGCGCAUCUUUGCAAUUAUUUUCCCCCUUGUUCUUCAAACACAUUGACGGCUGGGGAAAUGGAGUUGCAGGCGGAUCUGCUUCUUUCACCAAGGUCUCAGCAUUUGGGUAUUUCUGUGGAACAACACCAACACAAAGAGAACUCUCCUCCAUUUUUCGCAGAUAGAUUGCCCACACCAUCUUUUGCCCUACAAUUUUUCAAGAGGCAGCCUCUGCAAGAUAUUACCCACCUGUUUGCUACUAAUGAUAAUACCCAAUCCAUCUAUGAUGGAAGAAGAAUGUCCUCUGUAAUGGAGACGAGGGGUCUGGUAGAGCAGACAUCAAGUGCUGGAAACAAGAAGAGAAGAUCCACAAAUCUGUCAAAUGACAGCAAUAUUAGUAGCUCCAAUCUGAAGAGACCAUUGCUGAGAAGAGAUUUCAGGUGAAAUGCUUAGUGGUAGUAGGCGUUACCCAGAUUUGUGCUUCUUUAUUGCAAUCAGAAAUUCUGUAUAAGCUCUGGUCUCACCUCAACUUUGGAGACAAAUUACAAUAACAUACCCCUUAAAUUACCAACUGUUUUGGUAUUGAAUGUAAGAUGGGUAUGAUAGAGUAAGAGAGGCAGAAAUCAUGUCCUCUUUUGUGCUUUACUGAUGUUCCGUAUUAUGAAUAAAAGCCUCAUUUUUUCA